AUAUAAGCGAGUUAGUUCCUCGUUGACUCAUUCGGCUAAUCAGCGGUGGAUAAUCCCGGUAGUUCUUCUCGAUUCCCGUCGCUUUUGGCCGCAGAGUUUCCCAGCGUACGAGCCAAGAUGAAGUCGGUGAAGUCGGCUUCGAUCCUGCUGUGUCUGAGCCUUUGGGCUACCAGCGGAACUUUCGGAAAGGUCGUGGCAGGGGACAAAGGCGCUCCGGCUAAAGCAGCCACAGGGAAGCAAACGGCUACUUGUGGCAGUUCCACCACCCUAGCCCCGGGGCAAUCGGUCACCAUAACAUCCGAGAACUACCCAAAUGCGUACACCAAGCCACAGGACUGCACUUGGAAAUUUGCGGGCGAGUCACUGGAUUCCACACUAACUAUUACCUGCUCAGAUUUUAGGAUCAACGGUUGUGCCUUCUCUACAGUAGACAUAAGUUUUGGCGACUAUUCCUCUAGGUACUGUGGCGAAGUGGUUGGACUCAAAGAGACGAGCGACUCCAAUGCCAUGACAGUUGUGUUCCAAGCCGGUGACAGAGGGAAGGCUAUGCAGGGUUUCACCUGCACGGUCACUGCUAGCGAUCCAAGUGACCCCCCUACACCUCCACCCCAGACUAAAGCAGCACCAUGCCAAUGCGGCGUUGUCAAUCGGCUCGCGAGGAUUGUUGGAGGAACCGAGACAGGAAUCAACGAAUACCCCUGGCAGGUGGCACUCACGUCAUCAAGGACGGGCACCCGCCCAUUCUGCGGUGGUUCUCUCAUUUCCGCCGACUGGGUAUUGACUGCAUCUCACUGCGUCACAGGCACAAAGCCAAGGUCUCUCAAAGUUGUCGUUGGAGAUCACAACUGGUCAACAACGACUGAGACGGCUUCAGUCGCCUAUGGAGUGAAAAGGAUCAUCAUGCAUCCACAGUUUAACGGUAACACCUUAGACUACGACGCAGCACUGAUCCAGUUAUCGUCAGUAAUCGCCUUUCCUUCUGAUAACAGAAUCGCUCCCAUUUGCCUUCCAACUCCAGGUCUCCUUUACGAAAACGUCACUGCAACAGUGACCGGCUGGGGAACAUUAACAUCAGGAGGAUCCCAACCCUAUGUCCUGUACGAGGUAGAUGUCCCAACUAUGUCGAACGCAGUAUGUAGCCAGUCCUAUGUCAACCAAAUCACCGACAGAAUGAUCUGCGCAGGCGUCAGUGGAAAGGACUCUUGCCAGGGCGAUUCUGGAGGACCAAUGGUGACUGACAGUCAGUCUGGAACGCACAAGGAACAGAUUGGAAUCGUCUCUUGGGGCAACGGAUGUGCUCUUCCUAAUUAUCCCGGGGUCUACUCUCGAGUUUCUGAGUUCGUCACCUGGAUAAAGAGCAACACACUUGGAUCCACAGACGUGUGUCUCCCACCUCCAUAAAUGCAGCAGAUCUUCAGCAGAUAAUAUCAUCAACAACAAUGUCUUGAUCUUAUUCAGAAGUGAACCUUUCGAAGCACUUUUUCCUUCAUCACUAAAAUUAUCAUGUGAUGUUUGAAAUUUAGCACCUCUUUUGAAAUUUUAUGUUCCGAAAGAUAAUGUAUCUUUUGACUGAUUAAAAUCAUUGGCAAGCAUG